AUAUAUGUUUUACAGUACCGUUGUGUUUUUAUCAGAUACUCAGCUAGCGAUAUAACACUGCAGUAGCUUAGUUAGCUAAAGGUGGAGCUGGUCACCUGCUGUCGCUAAUCUCAUGUUAGCAGGCUACCUGUAAGUGCUAGUUUUUUGUCAACAUUAUCCGCGUCCCUGCUGUCAGUUUUGUAUUCUCAUCACGGGCAGCUGUCUCACCGCAGGUUCUUGUCUGCUCCCAUUCUGUCAGUCCCAGUGAGUGAUUGAAUGCAGUGGAACUGGCAUCAGCGGACAAGCACGCACACAAAGGCCCAUUGAUUGGUCAAGGAUGAACACGGAAGACAUGAAGAAUGAAGCCGACAUAGCCUCAGUAGUUUCUAUGGCUCUCUACUCUGUGAUGUAUCCUGUAUUUAACCAGUUGGAGCAGGUCAACUUAGCAGCAGCACAAACCUUGAGAGCAGCCUUUAUAAAGGCAGAGAAGGAGAACCCAGGUCUGACCCAGGACAUUGUUGUGAAAAUACUGGAGAAGAAGAACUUAAGAAUCGGCUACAGUGAGUCACUACUUCGCAUGGCCGCAGCUGACGUGGAAGAGUUUGUGAUUAACAGGCGAGAGCCAGAGUUUCAGGAGCUAAACGAGAGGGCCCGCGCUCUGAAACGCAUCCUCAGCACCAUCCCAGAUGAGAUCGUUGACAGAGUAGGCUUCCUACAGACCAUCAAAGACAUCGCCAGUGCCAUCAAGGAGUUGCUAGACACAGUCAAUACUGUGUUUAGGAAAUACCAGUAUCAGAACAGACGGGCACUGGAACAGCAGAAGAAAGAGUUUGUGAAAUACUCCAAGAGCUUCAGCGACACUCUCAAAACCUACUUCAAAGAUGGAAAAACGAUAAACGUGUUUGUCAGUGCCAACCGGCUCACUCACCAAACCAACAUGAUCCUGCAGGCCUUCGGGACUGUGGUGUAGCAGCCUGAGAAGACACACAGACGUUUCUAUUAGAGCAAAGAUUCAUGAGUCAAUACUUCAUUAUAUUUCUCUCUAUAUUCAUCCAUCCAUCCAUCCAUUAUGUGUACCGCUUACCCUGAAUAGGGUCGCAGGGGGCUGGAGCCAAUCCCAGCCGACAUUGGGCAAGGCGAGGUGCACCCUGGACAGGUCGAUGUUCAGUACUGUGUAGGAAAAAUUUGAUUAUGUCUCAUGUCCUUAAAAGAUUGGGAAUUGCAAAAGUCUAAAAAAGUUACAGUUAAAGUUCAUUUUCCAAGCACAUUGCCACAUAUGUGGACUUUAGCUUAAUUUUCAUUUCUGCUUGUAAAAACAUACAGUGGUAUCUGUACCUGGCACUAAUAUGAUGUUCUAAUUAAAUUUGAUCUGAUGUUCAGAUGCUGUCAGGAAACAUAUGGGAAAUUUUAAAUGGAGACCGUUUUGACGGUUUGCUGUCUUUGUCCUGUUUUGUUCUAGUCUGUGCUGCUUUACCCAGUGCCUACAACCUGUCCAGCUCACGAGCUGGCUUGUCCUUCUUUUCACUUUAGUUACAGAAAUAUAUGUGAACAUUACACAGACUGCCGCAUAAAGUAACACAUGCCCUUUUUUAAUGUAAUGAAAAAUUGGGGUGAGGUUUUGUGUAUGUGUCAUGGCAGUUUUUUUUCCCCUUGCAAUUUUUUUCUUGUGAGCCUCUAAAAUACUAUCUACUUGUGAUUAACCGUCACAUUUUAGAGCUUUACUGUGGAGAUGUGUGUGGUUCAACUUACAGUAUGAAUGCCAUUUUUUUUCUUAUGAUUUUUUUUUUUGAGUAUUCAGAGGGUUUAUGUAUUUAUGUCAGUCUACCAUAAAAAAUAAACUUUGGACUUA